UAUUGGGAUGGUAGCUCUAUUUUAUCAAUUUGAUGAUGACAGUAGUCCAUACAUCAUGAUUUGAUGUGUUAAGUUGUUAUAAACAGUACUUGAUUCACAGAAUUCUUUACAAUCAAUGAUGGAGAAAUUAUUUGUUGAUAUAAUGUGUUACAUGUGAGAUCAUGUGUGCUAUAGGAUGCAAUAAAGAUUCGUAAAAAUCUACUAUGCUUUAGGCCUUUCAAUAAAUGCUUGUGUUUAGCUUUGAUUUUAAUGUUUAAAAAAAAUUAUGAAGGAGCCAUGAAAAUAGUAAUUUAAAAAAUAUUUGUUUAAUUUUAAAAAUAGUUUAUGGUGCUGAAUAUAUCAAAGAAAAUGUUGGAUGUGCAAAAUUUUAAUGAAAAAAUAAGAGAUCGUGAUUUUUGUUAGAGCUUAAGGCGUCAAGGGGUUGACAGAUUCCAACGGUUUUGAACACAUUACUUACUUACAUCUAAAGUGUACAGUGCGUCACCGCCCAUAUGCGAUGUCUUCCGUCCGUAAAAACGAAUGAAUAAUCAUGUAUUGUCAAGACAAGAGCUCAGUGGCCUCUAAGAGUAAAGAGGGCGCUGUCACUAUGCGAGAUAAAAAAGGUGGUGCUCUUAGUAGGGUACAAAAAUUGAAAAAACGUCUCAGUCACAGUUUUGGAAGAUUAUCUAUAUCGAAAGAGGAAGCUGAUGAUGUUACAAAUCGAAGUCAGUUACCUUUUAAUGGAUAUUCUGAAGAAUUCCUAGAUCGAUUGGAACCAAAUGGAAACAUACCAUCUGAUAAAGGUCAUAGAUAUGAUUUUUGUUCAUCCGCAGAAUGGACUGGUGUUGGUGAUCAUGACAGAGUACAUAGACAACUUUCAGUGUCGAGUGACUCAAAAUUAUUAGACGAUGAUAUACGAGAGGAAGCAAAAGUUAUAUUACGACCACGUCGACCACCUCGUCCAAAAUCGGAAGUAUUUCUUGGUCCUGAUCCACCGAUGAGAAGAACGAAAAGAUUUUCUGCAUUUGGAGGUGAUUCGCCAUUUGGAAAAUCGGAAGCAUACAUCAAAUUAGAACAGCUUGGCGAAGGAUCAUACGCAACUGUAUUCAAGGGUUUCAGUCAUCUUACAAAUCAAGUUGUUGCUCUUAAAGAAAUUAGAUUACAAGAAGAAGAAGGUGCUCCAUUUACUGCCAUUAGAGAGGCGAGUCUAUUAAAAGAAUUAAAACAUAAUAAUAUAGUAACACUACACGAUAUAAUACAUACGCGAGAGACGCUUACAUUUGUUUUUGAAUAUGUUCACACUGAUUUGUCCCAAUAUAUGGAGAGGUAUGGAAGUGGAGGUGGAUUAGAUCCACGAAAUGUCAAGUUAUUCCUAUUUCAACUAUUGCGAGGUUUAGCUUAUUGUCAUCGAAGGCGUGUAUUACAUCGUGAUGUUAAGCCACAAAAUUUGUUAAUUAGUGAAAUAGGAGAACUAAAAUUAGCUGAUUUUGGAUUGGCGAGGGCAAAAUCUGUUCCUUCGCAUACGUAUUCACAUGAAGUGGUAACAUUGUGGUAUAGACCACCGGAUGUACUUUUAGGAUCAACUGAAUAUUCAACGUCACUUGAUAUGUGGGGUGUGGGUUGUAUAUUUGUUGAAAUGUUGACGGGAAUUCCAACAUUUCCUGGUGUUCGCUGUCCAUACGAUCAACUAGAUAAAAUAUUCAAAAUUUUAGGAACUCCAACUGAAGAUACAUGGCCAGGUGUAACACAUCUGAAGGGUUAUAAACCUAAUAGAUUAGUAUUUUAUCCAAUACGAAAAUUAGGUCUUUCCUUUCCUAGACUGUAUGAUGUAAUUGAAGGCGAUAAUAUGGCAUCAUUGUUACUUCAAUUAAAUCCAGAUCAACGAAUUGGCGCAGAAGAUGCACUACGUCAUCCAUAUUUUGACUCUCUUCCUAGAAAACUAUACGAAUUGCCAGAUGAAGUAUCGAUAUUUAGCGUUGAAGGAUGCCAUCUAUACACAGAAACACGACAAUCGUAUUCUGAUCCACGGCACACAUCUCUUAAAACUUGAGGUUUGAAAUACAUAAGUAUAGUAAGAAAUAAUUUAUCUGCUCAGUGACAGAAAAAUUUUUUCAUUAGGAAACAGAUGAAAAAGAAAGUUGUAAAACAAAGACUUAAUUACAACCACUGCGCCUUGACGAACCUAUCAUCAUACACUUUUCAAUCUAAACAAAUUUUGUUAUAAAAUUAUAAAUUAAAAUCUAAUUUUAAGUCAUACUUUUAAAAAGUUUCGAAAAAAAAAUUAGUGAAUGAUUUUUAUUUAUAACAAAACUUAGAGUAAAUUUUAAAAAAAUCUGCGGUUAUUUCAUCCAAAUAUUAGUUUUAGAUCCAUAAGAAUCAAAAAUAUUAUGUAGAAAAAAAAACAUCGUACCCUAGUUUUUAGAGACUCGUCAAUAUUGAAUCUAUUGAUAAUUAUAGACAUCAAGGCAAUUGAAUUGUUAGUAGAAAAAAAGAACAUUUCGCUUUUAGAAUUUUAAAGAAUUUUUAAAUGAAAAGCUAACAAAUUUUUUUUUACAAAAUGUUAGAACAAUAUUUAUUGAAAAUUUGUAAUAAUGUUUUUGACUUUUUUUUCGUUGAAAAAAAAGAGUCAAAAACUAAUAAUAAUUUUUGAAUAUACAUAUUUUCUUCAUUUGUUAAAAGUGCACAUUUCAUAUUGUAUUUAUAAAAAAUAAUUUACUGUGGAUAAAAGUUAA